ACAGUUGGAAACUUAACGUUCUGCUGAACGUGGCCAUUUACGGCGCAUGAACACACAAAACGAACGCAGCCUCGAUCAUAUUCUACCUAUAAUCGUGGCAUGCAGCGAAUUAUCGCAUCGAUGAUAAUAUAGACUGGCUUGCUUCAAGAGUGUACUUUGCGAAAGACUUCACAGUGUUGUGUCAGUGUAAUUUGAAAUUGUUUGAGAUCAUCUCUUCACGAUGAAUAAAAUAAGCAGUAUACCGGGAAACUUCGACCUGGAUGAUCCGAGGUUUCGUAUUAAACCGUAUCAGCAGGUCGUAGCUUCUUGCACUGGUGCUUUUAUCACAUCAGUGUUCGUAACUCCUCUGGACGUAGUAAAAAUACGUCUUCAAACACAGCAGAAAGCGAUGCUUUCAAAUAAAUGUUACCUGUACUGCAAUGGUUUAAUGGAUCACUUGUGUCCUUGUGUCAAUGGUAAAAUGCCCGAAUGGAUGAAAAGGAAUGGAAAAUUUAAUGGAACAAUAGAUGCUUUAAUAAAAAUAAGUAAAACAGAAGGAUUCACAUCAUUAUGGAGUGGGUUAAGUCCUACUCUUGUUCUGGCUGUUCCCGCAACUGUUAUAUAUUUUGUUUCAUAUGAACAAUUAAGACUAUAUCUUAAGGAUACAUAUAAUAAAAAGUUUAAGAAAAAAACAGACAAUACAGAACAACCCUUUUGGAUUCCCAUAUUUGCUGGCAGCACAGCACGGAUCUGGGCUGCAACAAUAGUGAGUCCAGUGGAGCUCGUAAGAACAAAGAUGCAGUCGCAGAAAUUAAGUUAUGCAGAAUUAACACAGGCAUUGAAAAUAGUUGUAAAAUAUAGCGGUGUUUCCGGGUUAUGGAUGGGAUUAAGUUCUACACUUCUUCGUGACGUUCCUUUUAGCGCUAUAUACUGGCUGAAUUAUGAAACUAUCAAGAACAUAUUUUCCAACUCGCAGCAUACCUUUACUUUUAAUUUCGUGGCAGGAGCGAUAGCUGGAUCUGUAGCAGCAUUUUUUACUAUUCCAUUUGAUGUUGUAAAAACGCACAGGCAAAUUGAAAUGGGUGAAAAAGAAAUUUAUUCAGAUAAGCCUAGUCGCAGUAGCAGUACAUGGACCAUAAUACGAAGAAUUUAUCAUCAAAAUGGAAUAAAAGGUCUAUUCACAGGUUUGGCACCGCGCUUGGUGAAAGUAGCUCCUGCCUGUGCAAUCAUGAUUGCGACUUUUGAACAUGGUAAACGUUUCUUCCAAUCGUAUAACGCUAAAAAAUUUCUCGAGUUCGAGAUGGAUCACGACAUACAUUUAUUGCCACAUAAAUCUAAUAGUACAGAAUGACAUGUUUAUUGUAGUGAACUGUACUUAAUAAAGAUUAAUUUGAAGUCUA